GAACGCUAUGGGGAGGGCUUCUCCCUAACUGGACUCUCCCCUUCAGAGAGGAGGAGUCAGUCCUCCUCUAUAAACUGUGACAACAGCUCAUAAAUGCAUGUGGACUUGGCAUUGAGGUGCUGAGCCUAGUGGGAGACAAACUUGCAUAAGGUUUGGAGAAACCUGGACGCUGCUGUCAUGGCGGGGAAACCUAAGCUUCACUACUUCGAUGCACGAGGCAGGAUGGAGUGCGUCCGCUGGCUCCUGGCUGCCGCUGGGGUGGAGUUUGAAGAGCAACUUAUACAAACUCCAGAAGACCUGAAUAAAUUAAAAAAUGAUGGGAUUUUGCUGUUCCAGCAAGUGCCAAUGGUUGAAAUCGAUGGGAUGAAGCUGGCGCAGACCAGAGCCAUUCUCAACUACAUUGCCACCAAAUACAACCUCUAUGGGAAAGACAUGAAGGAGAGAGCCCUGAUUGAUAUGUAUUCAGAAGGUGUGGCAGAUUUGGGUGAAAUGAUCAUGCUUUUGCCACUAUGUCCACCUGAUCAAAAAGAUGCCAAGAUAGCUGAGAUCAAAGAGAAGACAACAAACCGUUAUCUUCCUGUGUUUGAAAAAGUGUUGAAGGGCCACGGACAAGACUACCUUGUGGGCAACAAGCUGAGCAAGGCUGACAUCCACCUGGUGGAACUUCUCUACUACGUGGAAGAGCUGGACCCCAGCCUUUUGGCCAACUUCCCUCUGCUGAAGGCCCUGAAAACCAGAGUCAGCAAUCUCCCUGCCGUGAAGAAGUUUCUGCAGCCUGGCAGCCAGAGGAAGCCUCUCAUGGAUGAGAAACGUUUACAAGAAGCCAGAAAGGUUUUCAGGUUUUAAUAAAGCAGGCAGGGCCACCCAAGACAAAUCUUCAGAAAAUUUCCAACAACGAAGUGCUUACCUAAAUAUAGAUCCCGGGUGUUGUGAGAUUAAUAAACUAUUCCAAAGGUUUGGUGGUCGUUAAAUAAAAAGCUCCCAUGAGCCAGUUUACUUACAAUGUAUUCUUUUUCAUUAUGAUCAAAAGAAAAUCAGAUUUUCGAUCUCCUUCUAACCUGUCUCUUGUUUUGGAAUUAAAAAUUAAAUUAGAACAGGAAACAGGUUAUAUAGUCCCCUUACAUUUUCCAGGGUUAUCAUAUAACAUCUGUCACAUAGUCUAUCAAAGAGAAAAAUGUAAAAGUUCAUAUCUGACAUUCUUCGGUUUUCCCAGAAAAGAGCUACCUUUCUGGGCCAUGGCAGAAAGACGUUUUCUUUAUUUCUUUGAGAGACAUUUUCCUUUUGGCAAUAAAAAUGUUUUCCUUAUGCA